AAUUUUCAACAACAAACUAAAUCAGCGAAAUUAUGGACAGAAUCUGCUCGUAUUUGGCUUCAUUUUAUCGUCGCAUUAGGAUCAUUUAUUGCUAAUUGUUUUGCUGAAAAAUAUACUACUAUUGAAACAGUAUCUGACGAAAGGCCCAUUGUUCCUGAAUUAUAUGUUAGUUUUCCAUCCCAAAUCUUUUGUACAUGGGUAACACCAUUAAUUCUUCGAGGUUAUAAAAAGCCACUUACAGAAAAUGAUUGUUGGCAAUUACCAAUAUCUGAACGAACUGUUAUCGUUGCUCAUCAAGUACAAAAUUGUAUGAAAAGGAUGAAUAGGCGAACAACGAGUAUUUCAUACAAGAAUACAUCUGCUACAAAUCAAACUGAAGAUGAAAAUCGAAAUUCACUCAAUGAUUUGCCAAUGAUCGAUAUAGAGAAGCCAUUAUUAAAGCAUCAAAAGAAAACUAUUUUUUGGCAUGCUCUCUUUGGUGCAUUUAUUGAUAAGAUUAUCGCUGGUGGUCUUAUAAAAUUUGUUCAUGAUCUAUUUCAAUUGACGGGUCCCUUGAUUUUAAAACUUUUUCUAAAUUUUUUUACUGAUCCAACAAAACCAAAAUGGUUAGGUAUUUUUUAUGGGAUAUUAUUAAGUGCAAUUGUCUUUUGUCAAGUAAUAUUCUUACGAGCUUAUUUUCAUUGUCAAUUUCUUGUUGGACUUCGAUUUCGUUCAGCAAUUACUGGACUUGUAUAUCGCAAGAGUUUAAAAUUAUCAAAUUCAUCCAAACAUGAAACAACUACUGGCGAAAUGAUUAAUCUAAUGGCAAUUGAUGCUUCACAUUUUGGUGAUAUCACUACACAACUUCAUAUGUUAUGGUCAGGUCCAUUCCAGAUUAUUGUUAUACUUUUUGUACUCUAUCAACAAAUGCAAUUAGCCAUAAUACCCGGUGUAGCAUUAUUACUUUUAAUGAUUCCGAUAAAUUUAUUUCUACAAAGAAUUCAGAAAAAACUUACGUCUAAACAAAUGACAGUUAAAGAUGAACGAAUUAAAAUGAUGAAUGAAAUCCUCAAUGGAAUUAGAGUUUUAAAAUUAUAUGCAUGGGAAAUGGCAUUUAUUCGUUCAAUUACUCGUAUUCGAGAAAAAGAACUCGGAUAUAUACGUCAAAAAGCUAUUAUUGGUGCUAUUUCAAAUAUUCUUUGGACAUUUACACCAAUUUUAGUUGGCAUAACCACAUUUGCCACAUAUGUUCUUUUAUCAGAUUCGAAUAUUUUAACUGCCGACAAAGCAUUUGUAUCAUUAGCACUAUUCAAUCUACUUCGCGGUCCACUUGUUUCAUUUCCAAAUAUGAUUAACAGUAUUGUCGACGCACGUGUAUCAAGCAAUCGCAUUGGAAAAUUUUUAAACAAUGAUGAAAUAGAUAAAUAUGCUGUUGAUAGAGUAUCAAAUGAAUUAUCACACGGAAAUUCUGUUAAUAUUGAAAAUGGAUCUUUUCGUUGGUCAAAUCUUGUUGAUGGUCCUUUAGUUUUAAAAAAUAUAAAUCUACAAAUUCAUCAAGGUUUACUUGUUGCACUUGUUGGUAUGGUAGGAUCUGGUAAAAGUAGUAUAUUAGCAGCACUUCUUGGAGAAAUGAUUAAAGUUAAUGGACGUGUUAGUAUAAGUGGAAAAAUUGCUUAUGUUCCACAGACAGCAUGGAUUAUGAAUACAACAUUAAAAGAAAAUAUUCUUUUCGGAAGAGAUUUUGAUAAGAAAUUAUAUGAUCAAGUCAUUGAAGCAUGUGCUUUAGAACAAGAUCUUGUUAUGCUUCCAGCAAAAGAUCAAACAGAAAUUGGUGAAAAGGGUAUUAAUUUAUCCGGUGGACAACGACAACGAGUUUCAUUAGCUCGAGCAUUGUAUAGUAAUGCUGAUAUCUAUCUACUUGAUGAUCCGCUAUCAGCUGUUGAUGCUCAUGUGGGUGCUCAUAUCUUCAAACAUGUUAUUGGAUCAAAAGGAUUAUUAAAUGGCAAAACAAGAAUUUUAGUUACACAUGGUGUAUCUCAUUUACAUAAAUGUGAUGAUAUUAUUAUUAUUUCUCAAGGUGAAAUUGUUGAUCAUGGUUUAUAUAAUGAUUUAAUACAACGAAGCAAGAUUUUACGUGAAUUUGUUCAUUCUGUUGCUCUUUCUGAGAAAGAACAAUAUCAUCAUGAAAUAAAUGAUAUUGAACGUCGACAAAGUAUUUCAACGCCUCCAACAGAAUUAGUUUCUAAUCCACUUGAAAUUACUAAAAAUGAUGUUCAACAAACUAAAUUACAACCGAUUACAGUCGAAAUUGAAGAAGAAAAGAAAAAACUUAUUCAAAAAGAAACUGUACAAACAGGUUCUGUAAAACUUCGUAUUUUUUCAAUUUAUAUUCGUGCAUGUAAAUCAUCAAUGAUUACAUUGCUCACUAUUUUUUUCUGUUUAACAACAUUUGUUACUCUAUGUACAAAUAUUUGGCUUUCUAAAUGGACUGAUAAAUCGACAAAGAAUGAUACAUCAUCAUCAUUAUCGAAUAGUCGAAUUCGUGAUAUGAACAUUUAUUCAGCAUUAGGACUCACUCAAGGUUUUCUUGCAUUUGUUAUGCAUUUCGUUUUAAAACUUGCUGCAUAUAUUGCUGGUCGAAAGCUCCAUUGGAUUAUUUUAAUUGGAGUACUUCAUUCGCCUAUGUCAUUUUUUGAUACAACACCUGUCGGUCGUAUUAUCAAUCGUUUUGCUAAAGAUAUUGAUUCUAUAGAUACAGCAUUACCUAAUGCUUUUUCUCAAGCACUUACUACACUAAUUACUGUUGUUGCAACAUUAAUAAUACUUAUCUAUGGAUCAUGGAUUGCUAUAUUCGAACUUAUACCACUUACUAUUCUUUUUGCUUAUGUUCAGCGUAUUUAUAUAUCAUCUUCUCGACAACUUCGUCGUCUUGAUUCUGUUACACGUAGUUCGAUUUAUGCAAAUUUUGGUGAAACAAUUCAAGGUCUUAGUUCAAUUCGAGCUUAUCAUGUACAACAACGUUUUAUUGAUAUGUCUGAUAACUUUAUGGAUAGAAAUCAGUCAUGUAAUUUCGCUAGUUCAGUUGCUAAUAGAUGGCUUGGUGUUCGUUUAGAAAUGAUUUCUAAUCUAAUUAUAUUAUUCACAGCAAUUACUUCUGUAUUUCUACGUGAUCAUUUAACAGCUGGUACUGUUGGUUUAAUGAUUACUUAUGCUUUGCAAAUUACAAAUUCACUUAAUUUACUUGUACGUACAUCAAGUGAAAUUGAAACAAAUAUUGUUAGUGUAGAACGUAUCAAUGAAUAUGCUGAACUCAAUCCUGAAGCUCCAUGGGAAAUUCCAGCAAAAAAACCAUCACCACAUUGGCCAACGAAUGGAAGUAUUCAAAUUAAUGAAUUAUCAAUGAGAUAUAGAGAAAAUUUGCAGUUAGUGCUUAAGGAUGUAACUGUUAAUGUUGAAGAUGGAGAGAAGAUUGGAAUUAUCGGUCGAACGGGUAGUGGAAAGACCAGUUUAUGUUCAGCACUCUUUCGUAUUAUCGAACCUACUACUGGUACAAUUAUCAUUGAUAAUAUUAACAUUCGUUUUAUUGGUUUACAUGACUUGCGAUCAAAGAUUACUAUUAUUCCACAAGAUGCGGUUAUUUUUGCUGGCACUGUAAGAUUCAAUAUCGAUCCAUUGGGUAAUUACAGUGACGCAGAAAUUUGGAAUGUGUUAGAAUUAGUACAUAUUAAAGAACGUGUGAUCUUAAUGGAAAAUGGUUUAUCAUACCUUUUGGCAGAAGGUGGUCAAAAUAUGAGGUAGUGUCAAAAGAUUUGAGUCUUCAACAUUGUCAUUUGUAGUCUAGUGCUGGUGAGAGACAAUUGUUGUGUUUAGCACGAGCUCUUUUGAGAAAAAGUAAAAUAUUUAUACUCGAUGAAGCAACUACUGGCAAGUGUAUUCUUGAUUUUUCUUUGUUACUAUUGAUUUGUUGCCUUUUUAUAUUAGCUAUCGACAUGGAAACAGAUCGUCUUAUUCAACUCGCUAUUCGAUCAGCACUUAAAGAUGCGACUGUACUAACGAUUGCUCAU